UCCAAAGACCUUGUUCAUCUCGAACAAUGACGCCCGAGCUAUUUUUUUGCAAAAGUAAAUAUACUCGUCCGUAGAGCAAGUUAAACGAUAAGGGCUCUCGAAAAGCGCUAUGGCGUAGUUAUCCGAUAGGUUUUGUUAACGUCAGUAAGCCUGUAUCGCCCAGUUCAUGCAUACCUGUGAUCUGCAGCAACAUAAAGCUUCUAUCCAACUUCUGGCACGGGCUUUGGAAACUGUUGGUUGUAACACGCCGAUCACUUUUUACUACCCUAUGUAGCAAUGAAUCAACAGAUACCGGGACAGCCAAAGUUAAGUAGUGUUGAUACAGAAUUGCUAGCAUACUUGGGUAUGUGAUGGUGCUCCAUUCAUGUGUAUAUGUACGUAAUUGUUGUAUUAUAUAUUAGUACAGUCAAUAAUGAGAACGUUCGCUAUAUUGAAGCAAAGUGUGUAUCUUUCGAAAUUUUUAAAUCCAAAAUCAUGCAACAUAUAUACGUUAUCAAAAGCUGCAGAUCGAAAAUACGAUAUGGACAAAGAUUGCGUUUGUCGAUUUUUAAGGAUGAAACACAAUGGGAUCGCAACAUAGCUCACUUAUUAGUGGGAAAUCAACACAAUGAAGAACAAUGCGAGAAGUUCAAGGCGCCUUUGUUGGAGCACUUGUCUCCUGCGACAGAACAGCGCAGAUUCGAAAAAGGAGAUACUCUGAUAUGCGAAAGCGUCGCACCUUGGUCCAGAUGUCUUCUCCAAUUGUUUUACACGGCUAGCCUAGUAGCAAAGACGGUCCAGGGGAAAUAUUCUACAUUCGGCGCUGCUGCUGUUGAUGAAGACGGUAACCAUCCUAAAAUGGUCUUGCUCGAACAUCUUGCACAAGCUCUCCAAUAUAUCGAAUCUUGGCAGGGCGUCUUUGACCGAACGGCUUUUGAGAAACGGUACAAACUUGACUGGAUUGAUGAUGAUGAUGUGGCCUGUGAUGUUGACUAUCACGACGAAAGCGACGCCAAGCCAAAAUUUUCAAAGCUAUCUAGGAGUGGUGACGCAUCGAAGGACCAGAGACAAAAAAAUGGUGGUCAGCAUAUCGUGCCCAUUGUAAAGCCCAUUGAAGGAACGAAGCAAGAAGAUAGAAAAGAAGAAAAACACAAUGGUGAAACCAGAGCGGAUUUCAACGAUCCAGUCGAGUCGACAAGAAUGGAAAAGGAAAAUUCAUCUGCAACGAACAACCUCACACCCGACCAAGAUAAUCCACCGGAAGAUAUGCAGCACUGUAGCAAAAGUACAGAAUUUUGCACUGUAUUGAAGUAAAAUGUUCCAAUAAGAACCCAAAUUAGCGAUUCCUCAUAACCUUUCUUAACUGGCUUGUUAUGAUAC